CCGUGUAUUACAUUACCCCCUUCUCGCUCUCAGGGUUUGUUCUACCUCAAUCCGAUGGCGGCGCCGGCUCCCUUUCACCCUACGGUUGCAUCUCACUCACAGGUAAGGUCCCUGAAGACGACCUCUAAAACCCUAGCCUCCGGUUUGGGCUUUUCCUUCUCCGCCGCUGUAUCAUCAAGAUCCGCGAGGCGUCUGCUCUCACAGAUUUGCGUUGAUCCGCCUGCAAAUGGGGUGCGCGGUGGAGGCGCCGUACUCGGAGCUCGAAUGGUGGCAGCCCCGAUCAUCAGCAACCCUGUUCCCUCUCUCGACUUCGAGACCUCGGUCUUCAAGAAGGAGAAGGUCAACCUCGCUGGCCAUGAAGAGUUCAUUGUUAGAGGUGGAAGAGAUCUGUUUAGUUUACUGCCGGAUGCGUUCAAGGGAAUCAAACAGAUCGGUGUUAUAGGUUGGGGUUCCCAGGGUCCUGCUCAAGCACAAAACUUGAGGGAUUCACUAGCCAUUGCACGGUCAGAUAUUAUUGUCAAGAUUGGUUUGAGGAGAGGUUCUCGAUCUUUUGAAGAAGCCCGAGCUGCUGGAUUUAGUGAAGAUAACGGAACAUUGGGUGAUAUCUGGGAAACAGUUUCAAGCAGUGAUCUUGUUUUGCUAUUAAUUUCAGAUGUUGCACAGGCAGACAAUUAUGAAAAGAUUUUCUAUCACAUGAAACCGAACAGCAUUCUGGGAUUAUCACAUGGUUUUCUUCUCGGCCAUUUACAGUCACUGGGCCUUGACUUCCCUAAGAAUAUUAGUGUUAUCGCUGUAUGCCCCAAGGGAAUGGGUCCUUCUGUGAGAAGGCUUUACGUUCAAGGAAAGGAGAUAAAUGGUGCAGGUAUCAACUCAAGUUUUGCAGUUCACCAGGAUAUUGAUGGAAGGGCUACAAAUGUCGCUCUUGGGUGGUCAGUUGCUUUGGGUUCGCCAUUUACAUUUGCAACUACUUUGGAGCAGGAAUAUAAGAGCGACAUUUUUGGAGAACGAGGUAUCUUACUUGGGGCUGUGCAUGGAAUUGUGGAGGCUCUAUUCAGACGAUAUACUGAAAGAGGUAUGGAUGAGGAAUUGGCCUAUAAGAAUACCGUCGAGGGCAUAACUGGAAUUAUAUCGAAGACCAUCUCAACUAAGGGGAUGCUCUCUGUAUACAAUUCAUUGACCGAGGAAGGGAAAAAGGACUUCAACGCGGCUUAUAGUGCUUCCUAUUAUCCUUGCAUGGACAUAUUGUACGAGUGUUACGAGGAUGUUGCAACAGGAAGCGAGAUUCGUAGUGUCGUCUUAGCUGGUCGACGCUUCUAUGAAAAAGAAGGCCUUCCCGCUUUCCCAAUGGGAAAAAUUGAUCAAACUCGAAUGUGGAAAGUUGGCGAAAGAGUCCGUGCGACCCGACCUGAGGGUGAUCUCGGCCCACUGCACCCCUUUACAGCUGGUGUUUAUGUUGCUUUAAUGAUGGCUCAGAUUGAGGUUUUGAGGAAGAAGGGGCAUUCUUAUUCAGAGAUCAUCAAUGAAAGUGUUAUUGAAUCAGUGGAUUCCCUCAAUCCUUUCAUGCAUGCUCGUGGAGUGGCAUUCAUGGUCGACAAUUGUUCGACAACAGCUCGUCUGGGAUCGAGGAAGUGGGCACCACGCUUUGACUAUAUCCUCACCCAGCAGGCAUUGGUUGCUGUGGAUCAGGGCGCUGAAAUUAAUCAGGAUCUCAUCAGCAACUUUCUGUCAGAUCCAGUUCAUGGGGCAAUUGAGGUUUGUGCUCAGCUGAGGCCGACCGUGGACAUAUCUGUGCCGCCUAAUGCUGAUUUUGUCCGCCCGGAACUGCGUCAGGACAGCAAUUAGGCUUCACUGAUUUUGUCUGCCCGGAAUUGCAUCAGGCCAGCAAUUAGGCUUCAGUGGGCGAAGGUACACAUUGUUGUGAUUUGCUUAUUUACUUCGGUUAUUUUUAUGCAGAGCUGGUACUUGUUUAGUGUAAUAUUAGGCAUGGAAAGCUGAACUCUAGAAAUAAACUGGUCUAUUGAUGGGCUUUUGGUUUUGUUAUGUUAUAGUAUGCUUGCAACCCGGUACGUUACUAUAAAA